CACUGAUACUAGAGUAGAUUACCGGUUAUGUUAUUACCUAACCGGUAAAACAUAUUUUCACACACAUUCAAAUCGAUCGAUAAACGAGACUUACUGAAGACGAUAAGCUUUAACCAGGUGUGUAUAAAGCCACAGCAGUUUUGCACUUCUCAGCAACACUCCACUAACUCCGCUUCGAAUUAAUCGCAGCGCCCCUUUCUCGUUUUUUUUUUGUACUUAACCCGACACGAUCCCGUCAAAAUGUGCGAUAAGGACAAGAAAGGCUGCAUUAAGCUAAACAGCGCGGCUUCGAAAUGCCGUUGGUUGGACUGGGGACGCUGCACGCGACAGAUGACGAGACUACCGCCGCGGUGGAGGCAGCUAUUGAUAUGGGAUAUCGACACAUCGACACGGCCUAUCUGUACUUCAACGAGGCCGGCGUGGGCCGCGGCAUCCGCAACAAGAUCGCGCAGGGUGUUAUUAAACGGGAGGACAUCUUUCUCACCACCAAGCUGCCGCACACCCACCUGACGCCGGAGCGUGUCCAUGUGGCGCUGGAGAAGUCGCUGGCCCGUCUGGACAUCGGCUAUAUCGACCUAUACCUUAUGCACUCCCCGCUAGGCUUCCUGCCUACCGAAGAUGAGACCAACCUGUACCCGACCGACGCGCAGGGCAACCAUCUUAUCCACGAUGUCGACCACAAGGCGGUUUGGCGUGAGAUGGAGAAGGCUGUGGAAUCCGGAAAGGUGCGCUCCAUCGGCGUCUCCAAUUUCAACCGCCGGCAGAUCCAGUUCAUUCUCGAUAAUUCCACUAUCAAACCGGCUAAUCUCCAGAUUGAGUGCCACAUUUACUACCAACAGAAAGAGCUUGUCAACUACUGCCAUUCCAAAGGGAUUUCCGUGUCCGGCUACGGUCCCUUGGGAAAUCCCGGUUUGAUGGCCAAACUCAAGGCUGCCGGCAAGCAGGUCACCAAUGUGCUUGAUGAGCCUACGCUGCAGCCGCUGAUGAAGAAGUACAACAAGUCCGCUGCGCAGAUAUUGCUGCGCUGGGAGAUCCAGCGUGACAUUAUCGUCAUCCCGAAGAGCACCAAUCCAAAGCGUAUGCAGGAGAACCUGGACAUCUUUGAUUUCAAGUUAACAGCGGAGGAGAUGGACAACAUUGCCAAGCUGGACCAGAAGCUGCGUGUCUACGCACUGCCCUUCAGCAAAAACGUGCUGGAGAGUAAGGACUUUCCCUGGGGCCCCAACGAUCCAUACUAAUUCAUCGUUGUACCGGUACCCUACUCCCCAUUCGGCAAUCCGUCGUAAUUUAUAAACCAUACUGCUCCCAUGACGACUUUGUCAAAUCCCUGACUCCUGUUUCCCGCUAAGACUUGAUCAGUGUAUUGGCUGACUAUUUCCUCUAACUGUACUGCAUUUCAGAAGAACAAAGUGUUUUGGGACAAUAGCAAAGUGUUUUGGGACAAUACUAUGCUGCAGCAAUUCAUUUUCUGUGAGUUUAUUAAUUCUAAGCAUGAUGGACUGCACGACCGCUCAUGAUCAGUAUCGUAAUUUCAUAACUGCGAGUUUAAUUAGACAUCAAAAUAAACCAACUCAUCAAAAUAAGACACCA